CGGAGAUGGCGACGACAGUGGUCGUACUGCUGGCCAUCGCGCGCCUCGCGUGUGGCGCCUGUCCGGGCUACAUCGGCCGCAACUGCAACGGCCACGGCAUCUGCGGCGCCUUCAACCGGUGCACGUGCUUUGCCAGCUGGACGGGUGUCGGCUGCAGUCUACGGACGUGUCCGUACGGCACGCCGUGGUCCGCUGUGGCCUCGGCGCUCGACACGGCGCGGACGACGUCCGCCGAGUGCAGCAACAUGGGUACGUGCAACCGCGCGACGGGGGGGUGCAGCUGCCGCGAUGGCUUCUCCGGCGCGGCGUGCGAAAAGCUCGACUGCCCCAACGACUGCAGCGGCCACGGCAGCUGCUUUAGCAUGGCCGACGCCGCCAUGCUGAACGGCGCCACGUACACGCUCUGGGAUGCCAAUAGCAUUUACGGCUGCCGCUGCGAUCCCGGCUACACGGGCUACGACUGCAGCCUCCGCACCUGCCUCUACGGCCACGACCCGGUCGUCACGGGGCGAGUCAACGAGCUGCAAGCCAUCUCGUGCACGUGCACGACCUGCACCGGCACGUUCAUGCUGACGUGGAACGGCCGGAGCUCGGUGCCUCUGGCCGCAACGGCGUCCGCAGCCGACGUCCAGGCAGCUCUCAACGCUAUUACAUCGGGCGUCUCAGUGGUGUUUGGCAACGGCGCCACGACCGUCUGCUCGACGCCGGGCACGUCGGCGCUCGUGACCUUUCUCUACGACUUUGACGCGCUGCCACCUCUUUCAGUGGUCUUAGCUGCCGCAACGUUAACUAUCUCGGUACAAACCGGGGGCGAAGCUGCGCUCGACGGCACCCUCACCGUCGCAAAUACAAAGCAGUCGCUCGAGUGCUCGGGACGAGGCGUGUGCAACCAAGCGACGGGGCAGUGCAAGUGCGCCCUUUACUUUACGAGCAGCGACGGUCAAGGCAACUUGGGCCCGCGACCCGAUUGCGGCUACUACAACACGACGGGCGCCCCCACGACGCACCGCUGCCCCGCGGGGAUCUACGAGUCCGACUACCUCGCGACCGGAAGCACGGUCGUCUGCAGCGGCCAUGGCCUGUGCUCCAACGCACCCAACUACCAGUGUCAGUGCUAUCAAGACUGGGGUGGCAACGACUGCUCGCUGCGGUUAUGCCCCACGGCCGGAGGCUGGUUUGAUGCUGCGACGCUGGCCACCGCUGCGCGCACCGUCCCCGUCGCAUGCGCAAACGCAGGAAUCUGCGACAGCACCCUUGGGCGGUGCCUCUGCGACAGCAACUUUGUCGGCUCUGCGUGCGAGAAGUGUACGUUGCUCAUUUCCGGACGGCGCGUGACACCAAUGCUAGUGACGUGCUCGUCCAAGGGCAACUGCAGGUCCAUGCGCCAGAUGGCAGCCGGCGCCACGACCAACGGCGCGCCGACGCCGAUCGUGUACGGCCGCGACGUCAACUCGCUCACCACGUGGGACGCAGAUCGCAUCUUUGGAUGCGUCUGCAACAGUGUGCGCUACGUGAUCGGGAAUGCGCCGACCCUCUCUGGCUACGACUGCUCAUCAUAUCCGUGUCCGUCAGGCGACGACCCGUGGACGACCGGUCAAGUCAACGAAGUGCAGUCGUUGUCUUGCAUUGGGACCGCCGGCUCUGUGGCGUUAACGUUUCGUGGCGCCACGACGUCGACGCUUUCGUUUGAUGCGACGCCGGCGGCGUUGACCGCAGCGCUUCAAGCGCUACCGACCAUUGGGCUGGUGACGGUGAGCAUGCCAACAGGAGCACUCUGCGGUGCAACGAACGCAGCGGUCACCACCGUGUCCUUCCUGACCAACGCGGGCAACUUGCCGCUGCUGAUCGCCGACACUUCGCUCUUGACGGGCGGACCUUUUUCGGUCACCGAAACAACCCCGGGGACAACCGAGGACGCGGUUUGCAACGGGCGCGGCGACUGCGAUGGUGCAGCCGGCCGCUGCAGCUGCGUGCAGGACGCUACGAGCAGCGACGGGCAAGGCAACCUCGGCGUCACGCGCGACUGCGGCUACGUCUACCCGUUUAUGGCGCAAGGGCGACUGUAGACACACACUUUUGUGUUUAUAACAUAGUUGAGCAAGAACCCUAG